AUGGGUGUGGAAGCAGAUCCCCUGUCCCUGCUGUCUUCUCAAGCCCUGCCUGCACCAGUUCCUGUUGAGAAGAGUACCUCUGUUCCCACAGAGCCUUGCAAAUUGCUCAUUCUACCCCCAAUGCCUGCCCUGGCUCCCCAGCACAGGAUUCUGGUUCCUUCUUCACCAGAGGUAUCUGACCUCAGUGCAAGUGCCAGCACUUGCCAUUCUCAUGUGACCUUCGCCCCUGUUGCAUCUGUUGCCAGGCAUUGGCUUGCCUCUAAGAGGGAUGACAGAUCCGAGUCCAGUGAAGAGGAUGAAGAGCUGUCUGCAGCCUUGGUCAACCUGUGCUGUUUCCCCGUAGUGCCUUCAGGACCACCAGAAAACAUGUGCUGGUUCCCUUCUGAAGAUGCCCAACCCAUGCAAGUUGAAGCCAUGCAGGCAAAGAUGCUGUAUGAUCACAACAUGAUCUCAGCCCAGUGCAUGUUCCUUGCCAAAGAUGAGCACCUCCAGUAUGAUCUCACCAAAUCUGAAAGGGAUAGACUCAGGCACAUCGCAGAGCUUGAAAGUCAGCUGAAGGAUCAGCAGGGAUCAAUGAGCAAGGGGAAGGAAAGGGAGCACUGA